AUGUCCCUGUGGAGCGGAAUAAUUGCGGCCCCGCUGAGCAUCAGCAGCACCAGGGGAACACGGCAUCUCCAGCUUUCGCAUGUCGACACAGACUACAAUAACUCGCUGCGCAAAGCUCGAUUGCAACAUUUCGCGCCGGUCGCGAAUGCACCGCCCAUAAUGAGCUACUACUUUGCCAUUGUUGGCGCCCAGGAUAAUCCCCUGUUUGAAUACGAAUUCGGUACAUCGAAACAAGGCGGCGAUGGGCAGUCCCGAUUCACAGACCAACUCCGACACUUGAACCAGUUUAUUCUGCAUUCUAGUCUCGAUAUCGCCGAGGAGGUGCAAUGGUCACAAGGGUAUCUGAAAUGUAUUGAUAAAUUCUUCAACAACUACAUAUCGUGCUUCGUUACUGGAGCAAACGUCAAAUUCCUUCUCCUACAUCAACCUAUUGUUCCUACGUCCACGAGCUCGUCGAGAUCAUCGACUGCUAUUGGCGCAAAUCCCACGAGUCCGGCGACAGAGGAGGCAAUCAAGAUGUUCUUCACGGAGGUAUAUGAUAAUUGGGUCAAGGCUGUGAUGAAUCCGUUCUACAAGGCAAAUACAGAGGUUACGAGUCCAGUGUUUAGGGCGAGAGUUGCGGCUGCAGGACGGAAAUAUUUGUAA